GCACUUCAAGUUUUGAACUCACAGGAUAUGUUAAUUCAAACACUUGAAAUACUAUUAAUUAUUAGCUAAUUGUUUCCAAUUUUUGCUAAACUUUAGGUGGUGGCAAAGAAAAUUUCAACUGAAGAGUUUCAACAAUAGUUUUCAGAGUCUUCAUAUACUAUACUUGAAGAGAGAAAGAAGGGUUUGUUUUCAGGCUGAGUACACUAAUUCUUCCACUGUCUAGUGAUGGAUGAGUAUUUUGAACACUUCCUUUAUUCCUCAUCAUGGUCAGAUAAAGAUUUAGAGGAAAGAUCAUCUGGGAUAUGUAGCGAAUCUGAUCCGCCAAAUGGCCUACUAUUCAGCUCAGUUGAGGUCAAGGAAGAUGACAACAGCAAUUCACAAACAACUUUCCUUGGUUCAAAUGGUAGUACUGAGAGUUUGGCCACUCAAGAUGCCUCUUCAUAUGUUCUUGGUUCAGAGUCAGAUUAUGGUAUUAACAUGGCUUUACUUUCUGAUGAGCCUCAACUACAAGAUAGUCAUCAAAACAUCUUAGAAGAUCUAUCAAAUGGAGUGGUAAAUGGUAUCUCAGAACUUAAAACAGUUGGCUUUCAAUACAAUAUGGCUAUUCCAGUGCCUAGCUCGCUAAGUCUCAAUUCUUCAAAGCAGAAUCCGUGUUUCAACAAAGAUUUUCGAACCAUUUCUCCAAUUCAGCAUUUGUGUUCUCUUCCAUCUUUUGAGGGUGUCACUUCAUUGUCUCAUGUUAUGGGGCAAGAUGGAAUUGGAGGUUUUGGUAUGCAAGGGGGAGAAUAUACUGAUAAUGAUUUGUAUGCCAUGGAUAGCCAUCCAAGUAAAUUGUCUGCAUCAGGCUCCUCAAAGGGUGCACAUGACUUGCCAAAUUAUCAUUCUUCUGCUUCCGCCCCUCAGAUGAUAAUGACAACAUCUGGAUUGCAAUCUCAAUCACAGGCCCCAUCAACUACCCCUGCUGCUGGGGAGUGUAGUGGAACUGGAAAACCUCGUGCCAGGGCACGGCGAGGCCAGGCCACCGAUCCUCACAGUAUUGCAGAAAGGCUGAGGAGGGAAAAAAUUGCUGAAAGGAUGAAAGGUUUGCAAGAACUUUUGCCAAAUCCUAAUAAGACUGAUAAGGCAUCCAUGCUUGAUGAGAUCAUUGAUUAUGUCAAGUUUCUUCAGCUCCAAGUGAAGGUUCUUAGUAUGAGCAGACUUGGAGGAGCUGGGGCUGUUGUUCCUCUCAUCACAGAUCGUCAGGCUGAGGGAGGAAAUGGUUUUUCAUUAAACCAAUCAUUAUCAGCUGGUGAAGUAGGUGAGGUUGUUUUCCCAUCUGAUGAAAUCGUGUUGUUCGAACGAGAGCUAGUGAAGCUGAUGGAGUCCAGCGUGACCAAAGCCAUGCAAUAUCUCCAAAGCAGAGGCCUUUGUCUCAUGCCAGUUGCUCUUGCUUCUGCCAUCUCAAAGGGAAGGGAUCAAUCAUCCUCCUCGGUGUCCCAUGACCACACCAAGAAAAAUGACUUCACUAAUGCCAAUGCCAGUGCCAGAGCCAGAGCCAGUGAUCUCAUGAAAAAUCCAACUACAGAACCAGAAGAUGGGAAUAACGUUUCUUGCAAAGCCAGACAAUUCCAGACCAAAAGAUAAGCUCUUUUGCAUAUCUUUUUAUACAUAUAUAUUUAUGUAUCUUGUUCUUAUUGUAGGAUUAGUGAACUAAUGAAAGAGUAAAAAUUUAGUUGGUUUCUC